AUGAAAGCAAAGAUGUCUUCCACUGGAUGCAGAUCGUCUUUCGUCCUCUCAAUCCUUUUCGCCGUCGUGCUUGCCGGACUUCUUAUUCCUUCCUCCACCGCGAAUCGCCACGUAAUCAACUUCCGAUCGCCUGGACUCUACCCGGAGGGACUUACAUGGGAUCCACCGGGCCAGCACUUCAUAGUCGGCUCCCUCCACAGCCGCACAAUUCAUUCCGUCUCCGACGCCGGCGUCGUACAGACCCUAAUUUCCGAUCCCUUUCUACCAGAAAACGCUACAAUCCUCGGCCUCGCCAUUGACUCCUCUAAUCGACGUCUGCUUGCAACAAUCCACUCCUUGCCGCCUCUCCCUCCCUUCAGUGCCCUAGCCGCUUACGAUCUCCGCAGCGGCGGCGGUCGUAUCUUCCUCGCUCCUCUCCCUUCUCUCCCCGGAGACGAUGAAGACAUCGCCCGUGAUAUAGCCAAUGACGUGGCGGUUGAUUACAAUGGCAACGCUUACGUCACCAACUCAGCGAAAAACUUCAUCUGGAAAGUCGAUCGUGACGGCGUAGCCUCGAUCUUCUCGAGAUCGCCGUUGUUCAAUUCCCAGCCGGUGGCGGCGGAAGCAGACGAAACUUUCCGCGAUUGCGGCCUCAACGGGAUCGUGUACAACAGCAAAGGCUACCUCCUGGUGGUGCAGAGCAACACAGGGAAGAUGUUCAAGGUCGACGAAGAGACCGGAACGGCGAGGCUAGUGCUGCUUAACAGAGAUCUGAUAGCGGCGGACGGGAUGGCGAGGAGACGGAGAGACGGGACGGUGAUGGUGGUGUCGCAGAAGAAGCUUUGGUUUCUCAAGAGCCAAGACAGCUGGAGCGAAGGAGUGAUUUAUGACGAAGUUGACCUCGACGUGGAGGGAUUCCCGACGGCGGUGACGGUGGCGGGACAGGAUAGGGUGUAUGUGUUGUACGGGAGGGUGAUGGAGGGUAUAACGGGAAGUCACAAAGAAGGAGAAGCGAGGGAAUGGUUUGGUAUAGAAGAGGUUUCGUCGGAGAAGGAGAGUGGGGAAGAUAAGAUUUGGGUUUAUGUGUUGAUCGGACUUGGUUUCGCUUACUUUUGUUUCUGGAGGUUUCAGAUGAAGAGGCUCAUUACAAACAUGGACAAGAAAACCACUUAG